GCGCAUGAUAAGUGGUUCACUCGUUUCCUCCGUUUCCAUAAUUUAUGCAUAGAAAUAUUGACAUCCAAGGUCGUGCAAAAUUUCUGACUCUCUCCUGUCUAACUAAUUAUAUUUAUAUUAAUAUUUAUCUUCAUCACCACCACCACUUCCACUUCCACUUCCACUUCCACCGCCACACCACCACCUCCACCACACUGCAUACAAUGAAUGGAAUAUCAUGAGGUUUUAGAUCAGCACUCAUUUGCGCACUUUGUGCGGAUAUUAGUAUACAGAAUCUUGAGGGGUGCGCAGUGCGCAUGAACCUUUCAAUAACAGAUCAAUCACGGCCUGGCGGGCCUAUCAGCUUUCAGUUCUGUGAUCGAUGUGCUAUUAUAUAUACAAAGUUAACAACUCCAUAUCUGUGGAAGGUAAGCUCUUAUCUCAACAGUAGCAGUGUCAGACAAACUGAUGGAUUGUAGCAUGAAAGGCAUUUGGAUGUUGUUGUCGUUAGUCUGCUUUCUCUUCCUAGUUUCGUCUCUGGGAGAAACUAAAGCGGCUUAUCCUACUGCCAACAAUGGCCUUUAUAUCGUCUACAUGGGAGCUGCAGCUUCGUCAAAUGGUUCCUUGCGGAUCCAACAUGCUCAGCUUCUGAGAUCUGUCUUGAGAGGGAAACCAAAUGCAGUAGUACAUACGUAUAAGAAUGGUUUCUCAGGCUUCGCAGCUCGACUAUCAGAAGCGGAGGCCAAUUCAAUCGCAAAAAAUCCAAGGGUUGUAUCCGUUUUCCCUGAUCCACUAUUGAAACUCCACACGACUCAUUCAUGGGAUUUUCUCAAGUAUCAAACAGCUCUGAAAGUGGACUCCAAUCCCAACUCCGACUCAAACUCUUCAAUAUCCCAAGGUUCCGAUACCAUCAUCGGUAUCCUAGACACAGGUAUUUGGCCUGAAUCAGAGAGUUUCACUGACAAGGGAAUGGGUCCAGUUCCAUCACGCUGGAAGGGAAAGUGCAUGGAAGCCGCUGACUUUACUUCCUCCAACUGCAACAGAAAGCUAAUUGGAGCAAGAUUUUACAAUCAAGAGGAAAACAAAGCCGUACAUCAGAAUUCAGCGAGGGAUGCGAUUGGCCACGGUACCCACGUGGCAUCUACAGCAGGGGGGAGCACCGUAGAAGGUGCGUCCUACUACGGCCUGGCGGAGGGGACAGCCAAGGGUGGGUCCCCUGCCUCCAGGAUUGCCAUGUACAGAGUGUGCUCGGACGUGGGAUGCCGUGGAUCCGCCAUUUUAGCGGCAUUUGACGAUGCCAUCGCCGACGGCGUCGACGUCUUGUCACUGUCGCUGGGGGCCCCGGCAAUGGCGGAGCCCGACUUUUCAAGCGAUCCGAUUGCGCUGGGAGCUUUCCACGCCGUAGAGAGGGGGAUACUCGUGGUUUGCUCAGCUGGGAAUGAUGGACCCACCCAAGGAACCGUUUCCAACGUGGCUCCUUGGAUAUUCACUGUUGCUGCUUCCACCAUGGACCGGGAUUUUGAGUCUGAUGUUGUGUUUGGUAGUAACAAUAAGGUCAUUAAGGGGGAAGGCAUAAACUUUUCGCCUCUUAAAAAUUCUGCAGAGUAUCCGUUGAUACAUGCCAAGGCUACCAAGACAAGUGAUGGCGAUGAAGAUGAAGCAAGUUCACUCGACAUGUCCAGAAACUGCGAUGAAAUUCAGAUGGACAAAGACAAAGUUAAGGGAAAGAUUGUAAUAUGCGACAGUGAUGAUGGUUAUAGACCAUAUGACAAGAGGGAUGCGGUGAAGAAUAUGGGGGGAAUAGGUGCUGUUAUCAUCGAUACUUUAACAAGGUCAGUCGCAGAAAAUUUUGGAGGAUUUCCAACCACUGUGAUCAGCUCCAAGGACGCCCAAGAUAUCCUCUCCUACUGGAACUCAACCAGCAAACCAGUGGCAACAAUUUUACCAACCGUGGCGAUAACCAAGUACAAGCCAGCGCCUGUAAUAGCAUAUUUCUCAUCUAGAGGACCUGCCUUCACUACAAAUAAGAUUAUCAAGCCUGACAUUGCAGCACCUGGAGUGAACAUUCUUGCAGCAUGGAUUGGCAAUGACACAGAAGAGGCUCCAGAGGGCAAACAACCUUCGCCAUUUAAUGUGAUUUCAGGGACUUCAAUGUCAUGCCCGCAUGUUUCUGGGAUAGCAGCCACCGUCAAAUCUCAGUAUCCCACAUGGAGCCCUUCUGCAAUCAGAUCAGCCAUCAUGACGUCGGCAACUCAUACAAACAAUUUGGGAGCUCCAAUAACGACAGAUUCAGGUUCUAUCGCUACGCCCCACGAUUAUGGUGCAGGGGAAGUGACAACACAGGGACCCUUGCAACCGGGGCUGGUUUACGAAACCAGCACAAUUGACUACUUGUACUUCCUUUGUUAUAGCAGAUAUGAGUUGUCAGACAUCAAGAAACUCUCAAAUACCAUUCCCAGCAAUUUUACUUGCCCUAAGGAGUGGAGUGACGAUGCUAUAUCCAAUAUCAACUAUCCAUCAAUAGCAAUCUCCAACUUUGAUGGGAAACAGAGCAAGAAUGUAACCAGAACAGUUACAAAUGUUUCAGGAGAUGAAAAAGCAGUUUUUAUGGCUACAAUGGAUGCACCAAGUGGUCUAGACGUCAAAGUGAUUCCAGACAAAUUGGCAUUUACAAAGAACAAUCAGAAGCUCAGUUACCAAGUGGUUUUCUCUUCAGCUGUGUCCCCGAUAAAUUCACAUGUUUAUGGAUCAAUUACAUGGACAAACGGGAAAUUUAGCGCCCGGAGCCCUUUUGUUGUAAGCAAAUGAUAAUCAGACUCGCAAAAGUUCUGAAUUCUGUGUGAAGACAUAUAGUUGAUACAGUAUGUGUAAAACAAUCUGCCAAUAGGCGCUUAAGGUGUUCCUUUACUUAAUUAUGUGUAAAACAAUCUGUAAAACAAUCUGCCAAUAGGCGCUUAAGGUGUUCCUCUACUUAAUAAUCAAACUUUAGACAGUUGAUGAUGGGAAAGAAUCUAGUAAUAUACACUUCAGUUGCAUCUUCACUUUAGAACCAGAAUUCAAAAAGUUUGUCAGACUUUUGUUGGACCACUUUUAAACACCUUAUGUUCAACCUAUUUUGACAAAACCAUAUAAAUAGUGCUCAAAUAUUUGUAUAUAUUCGGACAAACAAACCUUUAUCAAGAAAAAACUAGAGAAAAGCCAUGUCAGACCGGUUAUAGGGGUCCCAAAUAAGUGGCAGAAUGCCGCUAAUACCCUUUUUAGCCAUCCAUAUUAAGAACGCUGGGUAUCAAUUGGAAGGAGUAUGUUCCUUAAGUCAACGGAACAUAUCUAAGAAAGCAACAACAUUACAGUCACACGGCCAACGCACGAUGGCAUCGCACAAAUAGAAUUCCCUAGACCAUACGCACACACAAACAAGUAAAAAUUAACUGCACUAAGUUACCAAUCUGUUUUUCAUAAUCAGUCCAGAAGAUAUCAGCCGCAACAAGAAAAGCAAUUCAGCUGUGUUUCAAAAAAUUAGACCAGAGGAAUCAAAGAAAGAGCCUUUGAAAUAAAGAGUUUUCAUUUACCAUCAUAUUAACAUCAUAAAAGAUAUCCGGAUAACAUCACACUUUGUGAGACUUAAAAGAAGAUGGGGAAGGAUAUAAUGGGACCAUGGAAGCCCUGAGAAAUCCAAUACAACGAGAGAGAAGUACUUAACUGACUAAAGAGACUACCAAAUAUUAAACAGAAACGAUAUUCCAUGACCUCAACAUAAGAAAAGACAUUAAA